GCGGGAGAUGGCGCAAAAUUAAAAUCAGCUGAUAUUUGACACCCGCUCUUUCUCCCUAAAAACUUGCUUUCAGUUAAUUCUCGAGGAAAAUCUUCAGAAUAUCAUCAUCAAUCGCUAAUCAGUAAAGUGUAGAAUUGCUGAUAAGCUGUUGUGGAAUCUGAUUUAAGCUUUCAAGUGAAAAUUCAGUGAAGUUCUUAACCUUUGUGAGAGUGACACAAAAGGUCACGGUGACGAUUUUUCUAAAGUAAAUUUUCCAUAUUUUUCCCACCGGAAAUGUAUAAACAAAGUGCCACAAGGCUCCAAAGUCUCCCCAAGGAGCAAAUUCAGGCUUUCAUUAAGUCCUUUGACACAGUCCUCACGGAUUGCGAUGGAGUAAUCUGGCUAUUCAAUGAAGCCCUACAAGGAGCCCCAAAUGUCAUCAAUAGAUUUCUAGAGAUGGGCAAAAAAGUAUUCUUCGUCACCAAUAACUCGACGAAGACCAGGGAUGAAUUCCUAGUGAAAGCAAAGAGUCUCAAUUUCAAUAUGACUCGUGAUGGAAUUAUUUCAACAGCCUAUCUCGCUGCCCAGUACCUCAAGCAUCGUCAGUUUACCAAGACAGCCUACGUUGUGGGCAGUCAAGGGGUCAUCCAGGAACUGGAGGCUGUAGGGAUCAAAACCAUUGGAUAUGGGCCUGAUAUUCUUCAAAAUGGCCUUGCAAGCUUUGUGAAUGAUGAACUAAAGAAAAAUCCGGAAGUUGGGGCAGUUGUUGUGGGUUUUGACGAGCACUUCAGCUUCCCCAAACUAAUUCGGGCGUGCAGCUAUGCAGAUGACCCGGAGUGUUUAUUCAUUGCCACAAACACAGAUGAACGCUUCCCGUUGCCUCAUUGUGUCAUCCCAGGAACCGGAAGUAUUGUUCGGUGUGUUGAAACGGCAGCCGAGAGGAAGGCUUUCAUUGUGGGGAAGCCAAAUCCGUACAUCUGUGAAGCCCUGAUUGCUGAACAUGGCGUAGAUCCUGCAAGGACACUCAUGAUUGGCGAUAGGUGCAAUACAGACAUCCUCCUAGGGGCCAAUUGUGGCUUCCAGACACUUCUUGUUGAGACGGGCAUUCACAAGGAAGCCGAUGUCCAGACAUGGUUGAAUUCUCAAGAUCCGGAAGAGAGGAAACUCGUUCCGGAUUUUAUAGUGUCCAAACUAGCAGAUUUGCUUGAGUAUUUGGAGUAGAAAAAAGAUUUAAAAAAAAGUAUAGUUUUGCUAUUAAUUUUUUUUUUAACAUUUAUUGUCUACAGCGCUUUUAAAGUUUAUGCAACUUUAUUUCUCUCUAUUACACUAAAAUUUUUAUUUUAUUAUAAUUUUUUUCUUUAUUAUUGUUUAUUUAAAUCCUUAGGACUCCCAUUCUCAGCUACUUAAUUUAUAUCUUUCCAAGCGUUUUAUGGUCCCACUAACAUUUAAUCAGCUAAUUAAUAUUGCAAUAGACAAAUAUUCGUUUCUUCAUUCAUACUCUCUACAAUCAAUGAACAACAAUAAAACAUUUCUCAAUAAAGUGCAAGUUUUUUCUGCAAAUACAGUUGAGACGAAGGAGAAAUGUGCAGAUUCAUGAAUGUUGAUGCUCCAUCUCAUAAGUUUCUGUGAUAAGUAUGGCUUUAUUGAUGAGAUUGGGAUAAAUUUGGUUGAACCUCAUUUUACCUAAUUAUAGUUUAUUUUAAGAUAGAAAUGCAAAAAAAACUUAUAUGAAACUUUAUAAUGUGCUAACAAUUUACAAAUAAUUCAAACUUGUCUUGCUAAAAAUUAUUAUGGAAAUAUUAAAGAAAUUCUAAAUCAAA